CGGCACUUUACGUCUACUGCGUAGUUAGGAGGCUCUUUGCGCUGACAGUGGAUGGUCCCGUGGCGUUUCUAACGCAUAUAGCGUAGCGGGAUUGUUGUCAGGUCUGUGGCUGUGCUCUGCUGUGUGUGUGGUCAGAACACAAGAAGGCGACUGGAAGAAGGUAAGAAGUGCUGGCGGAGAUGAUGAUGGUGAUGAAGUGCCUAUGAGAAGGGUGCUGGGUACUGAGUGAGAAGCUGCCUCUCUUCCCCCUCCACCUCCCACAGAGCCGGUAGAGGAGGAGUCUUUAGCAGCCCAGUGCUGAGUUUAGGUUCCUGCUGCUCACUGACUGAGCCACCACAGCCACAGGAGGAAGAAGCAGAGAGCUUUCCUGCCUAUCAGAGUACAUGUUCUGCAGCUCCUGCCUGCCCGGAGAUAAGAACGCCACACACAGACUUUGUACCCUCUGCCUGCUGUGAUUGCCAGGAAGAAGCCUUCUCCACGCAAAGGGAGACGAGGAGUUCAGGGACCCCACCUCUGCUGGUUUGGAGCUUGUGGGUCCACUCCUCCUACACCUGGAGAUGCUCCAAAGAUUAUUCCUCUCAUCAGUAAAUUCUUGGGGCAUCCAUUCCCGAGGGAGGGCCGGGCACCCCAACCACAGAUACAUAGAAGUUGACGGGCGAUAAAAAGACUUGAAGCUCAGAGAUUUGACUUUCCUUGAAACAAGGGAGAGAAUUCCAUCCAGUUCCACCCCCCAUCCCCCUGACCCUUUACAUCCCAUCUGCUUUCUCUUAACGCUUUGAUACAUUUCCAUAUUGGGGGUCACUCAUGGCUUUCCUGACCAAGAAGAAGAAAUUUAAGUUCCAGACCAUCUUCACCCUGGAGGAGCUGACGGCCGUCCCGUUUGUGAAUGGGGUCCUGUUCUGUAAGGUCAGGUUGCUGGACGGUGGGGACUUUGUCAGCUUGUCUAGCAGGGAGGAAGUGCAGGAAAACUGCGUCCGCUGGAAGAAGAAGCUGACCUUUGUCUGUAAAAUGAGUGCCAACCCUACCACUGGCGUGCUGGAUCCCUGUAUCUGCAGAGUCUCCGUCCGGAAGGAAUUAAAGGGUGGAAAAACGUAUUCAAAGCUGGGCUUUGCUGACUUGAACCUGGCCGAGUUUGCGGGUUCUGGAUCCAUUGUUCGCUGCUGCCUUCUGGAAGGAUAUGAUACGCGACACACCAGGCAGGAUAACUCUAUCCUAAAGGUCACCAUUGGGAUGUCUCUACUUUCCGGAGAUCCGUGCUUCAAAAGGCCUCCGUCAACUGCCAAAACAGUCUCUACCCCAGGACAGGACUCCUCUCUGCACAUGACCUGUAAGGGUGAGGGAACAGUGCGCUCUGCCAGCGGCACGAUGCGCCAGAACAGGAGUCGGCAGGCGUUACUCAGUUCAGGGGUCUUCGAAGAAAAUGAUCAAAAUCUUUCAAGCCCUGAAGAGACGUCUCAUUCAGGCCAUUCGCGGAACUCCAGCCAAGCCAGCCAGCAGUCCAAAGCAUCCGCAGGGCACAGCUCGGAACACUCCCGCUGUUCUAGUAUGUCAGACCUGACUCACAGACGCAACACUUCAACAAGCAGCAGCGCCUCCGGGGGGAUCAGUAUCAUAGGGGACGGACCUGAAGGAGAAAAGGAAACCAAACCAGAGAAGCCCCCAAGGCCAAUCAGACAGCCCCUCCACCUAGACAGACAGUCCAGGAGAAAGAAGGAUUCCAUGGAGAGUCACCCCACCUGGGUGGACGACACCAGAAUAGAUGCUGAUGACAUUGUAGAGAAGAUCAUGCAGAGUCAGGACUUCACGGAUGUCACUAACAAUGAAGACAGUCACCUGAGGCUGUUUGUCAGCAGAGACGGCUCAACCACGCUCAGCGGAAUCCAGCUGGCUAACAGAAUCUCUGCAGGAGUGUUUGAGCCUGUGGUGAUUGAAAUCCAUUAAAUGGAAGAAAAACUGCAGCCACCAUUCUUCUUCUUUGUUACAUGUCCUUUUAAACCUUUUGCGUGCUCACUGGGCCAUGCCAGCGCUGUACAGAUCUGGCGCUGAGCAGUCCCAAGAUGCCACAUCUGAAAUGUGAGGUUGGGAUCUGAGGAUACUAGAUCUGCAUGCAAAUAUAUGGCUGAGGAACGAGCCCCAGAAAGCAACACAUAGGGGCUUAUCAGAAAAAAUGGUGCUAUAAGUGCAAAUAUGCUGUAACCGACAGCAACCAAUCAAACGCUUGCUGUCAUUCUUAUUGCAGUUUAGAAAAUGAAAGCAGACUUCUGACUCGUUGCUAUGGGUUACAGCACAUUUAUACACCUAGUACUAUGUUCAGUAAGCCUACUAAUGUUUCAGCACUUGUUUACUAGGCAAGUUAAAGAAAAAAAACAGCACAGUAACAAAACAUUGAUGAGUAGUAAAAAAUAAAAUGAAGAAUAUCCUUAGCUCCAACCGGGCAGCCACUUACCCCCCUCCUCAUUUAUCCUUACUACACGGUACCAUUCCUGUUUCCUAUAAUGUAAAGCUACGGAACUUUCUCCUGGGUUAUUCUCCAUAUUCAAUAGAAAGAUGUCAGUGCAGAACUGAGGCUGGUCCCUACACUUGGUGGUAGAGAACAGCAGGACUGUUCAUAAUGAAUAAGGCACCCUCUGGCAGGGGCCAUGCAUUACAGCGGGUCUGUAGACACCCUCCGGGAGGGGUCAUGUGAAGCAGCGGGUCUGUAUUUAACCCUUAAGGACUCCUCUGGCAGGAGUCACAAAGUGCAGCAGAGCUGCGUAAACCCUUCAGGAAAGUACGUGUAAGCAGCAGGGCUGUAAAGAUGUAUUAGGGAACCAGCCCAGGGGUGACACCGCUGGAUAGUGAAGCCUACACACGUGGCCCCUGAAAAGUCAGGUCAGACAACGAGGGGGCCACUCGUUUUCUGUACUGGAAUCUUUCUUCCAGACAUUCCAUUAAAUGGGAAACCCAAGGGACAGUUGUCAGGAGGGGUCGGCUGUGCGGGUCACAUCUCCCGUCUCCCUCUGUAGCCCGUCCGCGUAGAAUCUAGCUCAGCCAUAACCACUAUUGCAUGGUGAAGACUGCAGAGUUAUUUCAUGAACCAGCAGGCUGGUGUUUCAUUUCAUUCCUAAUCUAGAUUUUCAAUGUGAAACUUUCUUCUUCUGUGACGUCACCUAGUGCUCAGGGCGUGGCUUUUUGUUUUUGUUUAUUUUGUUAAAUUGUCUCUCGGCACCUGCAAGCCGGAAAGUAUUGCAGACUCCGUCUGUGUUGCUAUGUACAGUCACCUUUUACAAGGUCUGUAUGCAUGGAAAAUGAAUAAAUCCCCUUUAGGAGUUUUUCUCCACCAUAUGUAUCACCUUCUUCACCACUUGCUAUGAUCGUUCAUUAUUUCUUUCUUUACAUAAACUGGAACCGUAGCCCGGGUCGGCAGACGAGCCUCCCUAACUGCUAUUACCGUUCCACAUAAACAACCACUUAUGUCCACAGCACUUUAAUGAUUGUUGUUGUAAAGGGUGCAGGAAAUAUAGAAUGUCUAUAUUGUUCUAUAGACCUAUUUUAGCUUUUUUUUUUUUUUUACCCUCUGGAGCAUCAAAUGUCUACAAAAUAAUUUUACACAAUACUUUGGAAAAUUCAGAAUUGUGUAACUUUUUUUUUUUUUCUUUACCAAUUAAUUGCAAUACCUUUUCUAAAUAAAUCCUAAGCACUUGAGGGGUUAAUACACUAACUAAUAUUUCCAUGUAUUAAUGCUGAGAUUCUGUUUGGGACUAUGUACAGAAGUGCCAGAAUAAUUGCUCAGUCACGUCAACGGUAAAAAUAGCAUAAAUCGUAGGAUGCUAUAAUAUCCGGUUACUGCAUUCUGUGAUGUAGCCCACUGACAGAUGGCUGCCACCAAAACCGACCGUCUGUAUGGAUCACUUGUGGCUUUCCAAUGGGGCUGUUGGACUACAACGCCCAGUAGGAUUAUUGGGGAGAACUUGUUAGGCAGUAUUGAUGUGUUUUGUGUCUACUAGAGUAAGCCGCAGACACCCAGCUGUUAAGUGGACCCGUUCCUUAAGAACACUGGAGUUGACCAUUUUUGUGUUGAACCAAUAUUCUUGAGAAUGAAAAUGAUCUGUUCAUUAGGAACCAGUGACAUCACUGGAUCCCACAGCAUUUAACCUCCACUGUUUGUAAGCAAAGGAACCACUUUACAGCUAUUGUGGAGUAAUAAUCUAUUUGUUUCAAGACUUACCGGAGCAUAGUUUUAGGCUAAACCAAAAUUUGCACAAUAACGGACGCCUACAGUAGAAACCAGUACAAUACAAUGACCUCAAUAAACAGAGUCUGCUUAAAAUACUAAUACUGUUCUUUGUAUCCCUCAACAGCCAAUCAGACACUUGCUUUCACUAUUUUAAUCUCCAGUUUGAUCAAAGCUUGUAUCUAAUUGGUUGGUUGGUAUGGGUUAUACCACAUUUGUGCUAUUUGCACCAUGCAAUUAAUAAUGCCUUUAUCUAACGUGUUUGAAGCACUUUUUAUUAAAUGAGUGGAUUACAUGUGUUAAUAACUCUGAUCAGAUUUGAACACAUUGUCACGGCAUAUUCAUGCUUGUCAUUCUUUGGCUUUAUGCCCCAUAUUUCUGAUAUUAUAAAUAUAUUUUCCACAUAAAAUCUUUGCUCCCUUAUUAGCCAAUUGUAGGUUAGACCACAAGAAGCUGAGAGUGUAUCAUUUUACCUUUUGAUACACAUGGCAGAAAAGUGGGUGAAAACGGACAGAUAUCGCAAUUAAUGACCGAUGGUCACUAUCGCGGUAUCCAAUUAGGGUCAGCGACCGAAACCGGACCCGCGAACGCAUGAAAACACAUGGGAUGGUGGAUAAGUCCCCAAUGCCAUGUGUUAUCGCGGCUCGUGGCACCCAAAGCAUAAUCCGCGGUAAGUGGCAGUAUCGGAGGGGUGGCGGAUCUAGCGGGAGUACAUCUGCCAUCUCAAAAGAGGCAACUCUGUAGUUCUAAUAAAGAUACUAGAAAAUAUAUUUUCUCAGAAUGAGCUUCUAUAUUUUAAAUGUCUCGUUUGUAGAGAACAAUUACUCUAGAUCUCUGUAUUUACUAUUGAAAUUUUUUUUUUUUGCACAACAUAGUUACAGGUUCGCUUCGGGCAGUUACGUAUGGCUUACUCUUCCUUAAACUUUCUAUUGUGCAAAUGUUGGUUUAAUCUAUGCUGGAGUACUUCACACAACUAAGUUAAAUAACCACUAUUUUUUUUCCUUGCUAAAUAGUGAAUAAUGAGAAAUUCCAAUGAUAUUUUGUUUUGUACUCAGAUGAUAAAGUAUAUUGAGAGAUAUAUAAAAAAAAAAAAGAAAAGUAUAAAAGCUAUUUUUGCAAAUGGACUGUCCAAAGUUGCACAUAAUUCAGAAACCACUGGUAAUGUGAACAGUGUAUAGUUUUCUUAAAGCAAAAAAAAUGAAAACAUUGUUUCUGCUUCAAUAUUGUUUCUUUUUUUGUUCCUCUGGAGUUUGAGAUAAGCUCAGCACAUUUCAUUGUCUUUAUAUCUCGCUUCUUUCAAUUGUUACAUUGUAAGUGCUCUUCUGAUUCAGACUGUACCCCUGUGAUUGGUGGCAUUCGGGAGAGAUUUGGGCAAAAUAAAGUUUUCUUUGGUUAAUGCA